AUGAGACUUGUCUUAUGGAAUAUCAGAGGCAUUCUGAGACAGAAGGACAAAGAUAAACUAAGAGCUUUAGUUACACAUCAUAAUCCUUCUUUAGUUUUUAUAGCAGAACCCAAAAUUCAUUAUAAUUCUAAGAAUAGGAUAAAGCUCCCUGGGAUGAGCCAUAAAAUUAUACAUAAUACUGUUGAUGGUAGGAAAGCCAAGUUAUGGCUUUUUUGGAAUAACUCAAUAACUGCCCCUAUAGUGAUUCAUUCUUCUAGACAAAGUAUUACAGUUGAAGUGGGGGGUGUCUUGGUAACUGGAGUUCAUGUUGAUGUCUUAUGUAUCAACAAAAGAGCUUUAUGGGCUGAAUUAGCUCCUUUCAGUACUUCAAACAAACCUUGGAUAAUUUUGGGUGAUUUUAAUACUAUUUCUACUUUAGAUGAAAAAAAGGGUGGCAGAGUUCCUCUUAAUUCUUCUAUUGCAGAGUUUAAUGAAUGGAUUGAUAAUUGUGAACUUUUACAUGCUGCAAAAACUGGGCUUCAGUUUUCUUGGUCAAAUGGUAGAUGUGGAAGGAAGAGAAUUUUAUGUAAUCUGGAUAGAUGUCUAUUUAACUCACAAUGGUUAGAGAAAUAUCCAUGGUGGAAAUAUCAUGUAACUGCAAGAGGCAUUUCAGAUCAUAGUAUUCUUAUUGGCUCUAAUUCAGAAAUCCAUAAGCCCUUAAAUUGUCCAUUUAAGUUUCAACAAAUGUGGAUUACUCAUCCGGGUUUAUUACAAGUUACUCUAAGUGAAGCUGAGAAGAAGGUGACUGAAACAAAUAAACUUUCUGAUGCAGAUCCUCAAAAUAUAAAACUUCUAAAUGACUAUGUCACAGCUAGGGGUGUAAGAGAUAUAGCAGCUCAGAAUUAUCAUACUAUGUUGAGACAAACUAGAAAUGCCAUUGCUGGGCUGGAGGAUGCUUCAGGUACUUUGAUAACUAAUCAAAAUGAGAUUGCUUCUAAUCUUAUCAGCUAUUUCUCAGACAAAUUCAAAGAGCAACCAGUAGAAAUUUCUGACACUAUAUUAAAUGUUACUCCCCAAGUUAUUAAUGAUGAUGAUAAUGCUCUACUGGAUUGCAUUCCUUCUGGAGAGGAAAUUAAAAAUGCAGUCUUUGAAUUAAAUCAAGAUGGAUCCCCUGGUCCAGAUGGGUUCACUGGCAUUUUUUAUAGAUUUGCAUGGGACAUUAUUCAAGAAGAUUUGGUUGAAGCUUUAAGAUACUGUUGGAAAUUUCAAGUGAUUCCUCCUGGAGUUAAUUCAAAUUUUCUUGUGCUUCUUCCUAAGAUUAAGGGUGCUAAAAGGGCUGAUCAAUUCAGACCCAUUGGUUUAAGUAAUUUCUUCUUCAAAAUACUCACAAAGAUUAUCACAGUAAGAAUGAGUACUCUGCUGCAUAAAUUAGUAUCUCCUCAACAAUGUGCUUUUGUUAAGGGCAGAAAUAUCCAUGAACAAGUACUUCUAGCUUCUGAACUUGUCAAUAAGAUGAAAACAAAGAAGAGGAGGGGGGAUUCUUGA